GUUGAACACGAUGCCAUAAGGGCAGCUUGUCUACUUGCUAUAUACUUGAGCAGGAGGAUUGCUCAGAUCGCUCGGUACCGAGUAUACUGAGCGUUCUGAGUAUACUGCUCGUACCAAGUAUACUGAUCAUGCCGAGUAUACUGAGCAUUCUGAGUAUGCUGCUCAUGCCGAGCGUACUGAGAUUGAUGAUCAUACUGAGUAUUGCCGACGCGGCCUCACUGCUCGGGUCGAUCGAUAAUACAGUUCCUCGGCUCCUCUCGUAUCGUUGCGUAGUCCUGUUCGUUCAGUGUUGUUGUGCGAGUUGCUCCUUGAUCGUAACACUGACGCUCGACGCAGAAAAAGCAGCUAAAAAGCAGCACAAAGAGCACCUCCGUAUACUGAAACAGCAGGAAGAUGAUGCAAAGCAGGCACAUCGUGCAGUGGAGAAGGAAGAGCAUGACCGACAACGUACUGAGGAGCGUGCUGCAAUCAAUGCUCGCAAAGAGCAAAGAUGCAAGGAUAAAGAAGCUUGCGAUGCUCAAAAAGCCUCCCAGUUGCCUAAUAAAGGCAAGCGCAAAGCUUCAAAAGCUCCUCCAGCAACUGCAACAAAGAAGCGUCGUGUUGCAGGUGCGCAAAGUGCAGGUGGUGCACCGCUGCCUGCACCCACACCUUGCACCCACACCACCCGCAGCGGCCGCACUGCAACUCUAUAUAAUUAAUCCUUCACAGAAUACUUUCAUAUACAUUAAUACAUUACUCUACCAACUUUUCUCACAA